GCGGCGCGGCGCGGUCAGUGCGACAGGUCACCGCGGAGCGCGCCGCGCCCACAGACACGGCCGGACCAGCCGGCGCCGGCGGCCAGAGGUGACCGGAGCUGACCAAAGGCGGGCAGAGGCGACCAGAGGUGGCCAGAGGUGACCGGAGCUGACCAAAGGCGGGCAGAGGUGCGACUCGGGCUGCCGUGUGUGGUGGUGGUGCUCCCCGCUACCGAACCCUGUGAACGAACCGGCGGCUGACCCGACCGUGACCUGGUGCAGCGACGGCGGCCACUCGACCGGGGUCAGGGCGGGGUCAGAGGCAGCUGACCUGAGACCGUGUCAGGCUCCAGGUCGCGGUUGACCUGAGACCGUGCUGUGCUCAGGGCACGUAUGACCUGAGACCGUGCGGAGGCCAGAGACCGCUGGCCUGUGACCGUGCGGAGGUCAGGCACCUCUGACCUGAAGGUCAGGACGCAGCUGACCUGAGACCGCGCCGAGGUCAGGGCGCGGUCGGAUGCGGCUGUGACUGAUCCAUGAGGAUGAAGUGACGCGGGGGGCGAUGUCCGGCCGGAAGCUGUUCUCACGCGGCCAGAAGCGCGGCUCCGAGGGCGGCUCGAAGGCGGCCGUGCGCUACACACCCUGCUCCAGACAGGAGCUGCAGGCCGACGACGAGCUGGAUGAUAUCGCCGUCGUCUCCAACGCCGAGCCGGGUCAGGUCCGGUACGGCAGCGGCGCCGUCACCGCCAACGGGCCCAAGGUGGUCCCAGGCAUCAUCACGUCGCGCGGCCAGGAGCGGCUCAGCCAGUCGAGUACGCGGCUCAACACCACCUCGCCGGCGGCGGCCGCCAAGGCCUCGGUCGACUCGCUCAAGUGCCGCUCGGGCUCCAAGCAGUCGCUGAUCGAGCUCGUCUCGAGCCGGUUCAGCGUGCGCGGCGGCAAGCGCUUCAGCCGCGACUCGUUCAGCAGCUCGUACAUCAACCGGGCGCAGAUCUCCGAGCUGGACAUCCCGCGCAAGACGCGCGAGGCGCGCCGGCGCGAGAUCCGCACCAAGCUGCUGGACGGCUACCGGCGCGACGAGGGCCGGCACGGCUGCCGCUGGACGUUCGUAUUUGACCCGGCCGGCCGGCUCUGCUACUACUGGAGCAUGGUCGUGUCGCUGGCCUUCCUCUAUAACUUCUGGGUGAUCAUCUACCGAUGUGCUUUCCGCGAGAUAGCGCCGGACACAGUGGUCGUGUGGUUCGUGCUCGACUACAUGUCCGACCUCAUCUACGCGCUGGACAUUGCUUUUCAUUUCCGCACCGGCUACCUGGAGGACGGUGUGCUACAGACAGACUCGGUGAAACUGCGAACGCACUACAUGAACUCGACGACGUUUUAUAUCGACGCGCUCUGCCUUUUACCGUUGGACUUCUUGUAUUUGUCGAUAGGCUACAACUCGAUACUGCGCUGUUUCCGUCUGGUGAAAAUCUACCGGUUCUGGGCGUUCAUGGACCGCACGGAGCGGCACACCAACUACCCGAACGUGUGGCGCACCGUGUCGCUCAUCCACUACCUGCUGGUGUGCUUCCACUGGAACGCCUGUCUCUACCACAUCAUCUGCAUCAACCGCGGCUUCAGCGACCAGUUCGCGCCGCCGCGCAACCACACCGUCGACGACGUGGUGCUGGAGCACCUGGUGGCGCUCUACUGGUGCACGCGCGCGCUCACCACCAUCGGCGACCUGCCACAGCCGGUCAACAAGGGCGACUACCUGUUCAUCGUCACACAGCUGCUGUUUGGCAUGUUCCUCUUCGCGGCCGUGCUCGGGCACGUGGCCAACAUUGUGGCCAACGUCAGUGCCGCGCGCAAGGAGUUCCAGGCCAAGCUGGACGCUGUGAAAACGUACAUGCGAAUGCGGCGAGUGCCCGGUCACCUGCAGAAUAAGGUCAUCAAGUGGUUCGACUACCUGUGGCUGACGCAGAAGAGCUCAGACGAGGAAAAGUCCGUCAGCUGCUUACCAGAUAAGCUGAAGGCGGAAAUAGCUAUUCACGUGCAUUUAGACACGUUGAAGAGGGUGGAGAUCUUCCAGAACACAGAGGCCGGCUUUUUGUGCGAGCUGGUGUUACGUCUGCGGCCAGUGCUCUUCUCGCCAGGGGACUACAUCUGCAGAAAAGGGGAGGUGGGCAAGGACAUGUAUAUCGUCAACAAGGGUCGUCUUCAGGUGGUGGGAGAUGACGGAAAGCAGGUGCUGGCCACACUCAAGGCCGGCUCCUACUUCGGCGAAAUAUCCAUCCUCAACAUGGGAACGGCAGGGAAUCGUCGGACGGCCUCGGUGCGGUCGGUCGGCUACAGUGAUCUGUUCGUCCUCACCAAAAAGGACAUGUGGGACGUGCUCAAGGAGUAUCCUGCAGCUCGCGUAAGACUAGAAGCCAUCGCUACCAAACGCCUAGAGAAAAACAAAAAGGGACCGAUGGAUAGAGCCAAGCAGCUGCACGCGCUGCCGACCGUGAACGGUAUGACGCUGGGCCGGUGUAACUCCACUCCGGGCCUGGUGGAGAGCUCGGGCCGCGUCAGUCUGCAGGAGAUGUGGCUCAGCGACCGGCCGCCCUCCCACCGCAAACACUCCGUCUUCAGCGUGGGCAAGUCGUGCGUCAGUCCCGACUCCAGGUACCACGACACGAGGAGCCACACUAUGGACUCGGUGCUCUCGGAAACCUCCAGCGAGGACAAGCUGAAGCCGCCGGUCCCCUCCAUCAUCAGAACAAGUGCCUCGCCGGGCGCGGUGUCGCCCCAGCCGUCGCCGGCGUUCGGGCGCGGUGUGCGUCUCACGCCUAGUACGCUGGAGGCCUCCCCGUCCUCCACCUGCGAGCGACACUUCUUCCCGGGCUUCGACGACUCCCGAUCGUACACAGGCGCGCCGCCGCUGAGUGUCAGCCCGUCGUUCCACCGGGCCGGCGGCAGCAGUCGUCCCUGCAGUCCGAGCCUGCUGUCGCGGGACGCGCCGCAGGACCUGCUGCUCGCAGAGAUACGCCGACUGCGAGAGCGACUCACAGAGCUCGAGGGCGAGAACCACUCGAUGAGCAUGAAGCUGAGCGCCCAGCAAUGGGAGGUGGAACACCGGCUGGCAGAGAUCGAGAUGCAGAUCUGCGGCGGCAGCUCGGCCGGCAGUAACAGCGAGGACAACGAGAAAAACCAGGAGUCCGCCAUAUGAGCGGAGUAAACCGGCAAGGACAACAAAAACCAGGAGUCGGCCAUACGAGGGGACAGCGGCGGAUCGCGGAGGAGGGUCGGGCCCGUUGAGGUGACGGGGAGUGGUGGGGUUGGCGCUGAGUGGUGAGUGGUGAGGUGUGAACAGGUGGUGCUCUGAACCUCUCAGGAAGGCAGACCGCGGCCAGUAGAGACGGUCCUAGCCAGGACGGUGGGCCGGCAGCUCUGGCGAAGCGCACAGCAGAUACUGGAACGGUAUGUCUGACGACUCAGGAUAAUAGUUUUGUGAGGGAUGCACUCCAUUGUUGCUGCCACAAACCGUCCCAAAAGAAACACUCGCUCUCACCUCACAGUCAAUGCGCAGCCAGCCACCAUCGCCUGAGAGUAGUGGCUGGCAGGAGUGCAAUCAGUUGUCGCAAGAAGGCUCAGUGCUGUUUGCAUCACAUACUGUUCAUUCCAUUCACACUCACAUCGGGGAACCACGGACCACCGUAUCGCACAAAGCGUUGCUCGUUAAAUCAACGGCCAGCUUCUGCGGGCCAUGCUCCACCGAAACUGACAUCUUCAUUCAGACCAGUCCUGCUCGGGACGAGGCGACCCGACUCAAUGCAGCCGAGCUGAGCGCGGCCCAGUCCAACUCAGCUGAGCGCAGCCCAGUCCAACUCAGCUGAGCGCGACCCAGCCAGCUCACGGGCGGAGCGGCGCUCCAUUUUACCAACAAAGCAACGGCCGUGCCGCUGUCCGCCGGCACCAACCACGGCACGAGCUUACAGCGCUCGUAUGAGCUUACAAUAGCGCCGGUCCGGGCACCUCUCUCGGCGUCUCGGGCUGGCCUCGAUCGGACACAAAUCGGCCGCUCUGUGGCCGCCAAACGGCCGCGCCGGCCUCCCAGGGGCAGUAAAGUCGCUGCCGAGGCCGCGGCGCCGCAGCCGACAACAAAUGGCCGAAACAUCUUCCCAGCGGCCGAAUGGCAGCGGAAUCUGUCGUUAAUGUCGCCACGAGUUGGCCAAGUUGGCGGAUUCGCCGCUUGGUUUGUUAUCUCGAGGGAGCCGAGGAGCUCGUCCGGUCGUCUCGCUGUGGACAGGGUGUUUGAGAACAGAUUUACCAGCGCCAACAGCUGGUGUGAUGCCCGGCGGCUCGAGUGACCUCCCCUGACGAGAGACUGGUCACUGGAUCGUCUGUGACACCGAACACAGAAUCACCCGCUCGGCCUGUCGCCGGGGGUCGAAGUCUCCCUGUUCCUUUCUUCCCUCCGUACUGCAUGGAAGCUAACUCCUUCUGUCACGUCCCUCUAUCCGGGGAUUACUGCCAAUCCCUGUAUCUACACCUUUGUCUCCCAAAGGCACACCAGGCUUUUUCCUAGCCACCCCCUCAACCGCAACACUAUACCGUCCCCGCCUUUGCUUCUAGCCAAGACGCUGCCACUGUCUACCCUCCCCAUUCCCCAACGACCCCUCCAAAGCCGCCCCCGACACCCCCUACCCGCCGCCGCGGCGUCUGACCUUGACCCGGUCAGAGGCGCGGCCCGGCUCGGCUCUCGUCGCCAGCCGUCGUCAUGGACGGUGGCUGAAUAGACUGACCGUCCGCCGUCGCCGUCGCGUGGGGUGCCGACGUGCGGCGCGUCCCAACGAGGCCGGACCGCGGCGCUGGGGGGCAGCCGUCAGCUGACUGCGGCGCAGGGGGGGGGGGGGCUGAUGGCACGGCGACUGGCACGGCAGUGAUUUGUAGCGCUGUGGAUGGCCCGCUGAUUACGUUCGACACACGACUGAUGACUGCACCACAACGACGUUUUGAAGACGACCGAUUGAAGGCAGCCGGGUGGGUGGCAGACGACGAAUGGGCUGGGCAUUGUGGAGACAGAGGGCGGACCAGAAUCGGGAGAAACGGGGAGGGAGGGAGGGACGACAAAGACAGAGACAGAGACAGACAGACAGACAAUCAUACAGACAGACAGACAGGGCAAGGCAGUACAUAUCUGAUAUCGCAGGCCGCAGCCAUAUAGCAGAAGCCUAGCGACCGAUAACUGACGAGUGAGGGACGCGACUCGAAGAAAAGACGUUGACUGGACAGCGUAGUUCAUGGUUUGCCUCAGCAUCCUGUACGGCCCUCCAGGUAUAAAGUGGUUGGGUGCCAACAUCACAAUAAUCGAUCUGCAUUGAUGAAUACGUCUAAUGGCUGUUAAAAACCACUGCCGAAAUGUGUGCACGAACUAGUGGUGUCAAUCGGAACUUGAAUCUUCGGAAUUCCGAUUUUGUCCAAUGUCCAAUUCGGAAUUCGGUUGGACAAUGACGGCAGGCGUUGGACAAAUUUGGACAAUCACUUGCUACAGCUCAGCAUUUUUAUAAAGCAAUCGUGUUUAACACUGAUUGGCGAAUACCUAGAAAGCUCAGCUUUUGAUAUGAUGAACACAUUAAAGCUGGUAAUAGUACAUUUAAAACAAAUUAAAUAACAGUGUUGAGUGUAAACUAUUGCGUAGGUUUCGGAAAUCUUUGGACAAAUGGCUGGCUUGGACAUUUUUGGACGGACAAUCGACGUAAGCAUUGGAAAUUGGACGGACAUUGGACAUACAUUUUCUGAAACUGACACUACUAGCACGAACCCUCCUCUAAUUUCUAUUGAGUUAUUUUACAGGAGUGUCUUUGUCAUUUGAAGUUAUUACACCAAAAGCACAUAGGCUAACCAACCACUCUUUUGCUGGAGGGCCGUACUUCCGAACCCAUCACCUGCAUGUUUAUCACACGGCGCAGUACCCCUCCCUGCAGAAGGACCACGCACCCAUCCACUGGGGACACAUCUCUGUCCUGCCCUGCUCUCUGUACCUGCUCUCUAUCCCUGCCCCUGCUCUCUGUACCUGCUCUCUACCCCAGUCCGUGCGCUCUGUCCCACGCGAUAGCCGGCGGUCGGUGGCGUCGGUGUCCGUACCUGACCCGGUGUACCGACCGGUACAGACCCCAGGGACCCGGCGAUGGAUGGGUCCCCCACCCCUCUCUGUACUGACACCGUCACCGGGCAGAGGGGCCGAGCGCCGGCUCCCCACUCUGCCCCACCUCCCACUGCGGCACCCACGCGCCGGGCGGCUCGUGCAGCGCGCUGUGCGCCGGCGGUGACCUUUCCGCGCCGGCCGGCGGCCGAUCGGCGCUGCCGGCGGCACGCGAGGGCCGCGGCGGCGCCGGCAGACGCCGCCCGGUGUCACUGCGGUGGCUAAUACCUUCCGCACACACGCAACGGGCCGCCGAGCGGGGCUCAGCGGCGCGCCGCGGCGCCGAUAAUGAGGUCCGGUCGAUGGCCGCCGGUGACACGGCACGUGUUGCGCGACACGGCCCGAACGGGUGUCAUCCGGGGUAGGUAACUGGUGACAUUGCUCCAAUGGUUGUCAUCCGAGGUAAAUGGUGACGCUGCUCAGAAGCGGUGUCAAUUAGUGACACCGAUCCCAACAGGUGUCAACUGGAAACUGGUGACACGCAGCCCACUGUGAGUGGCAGGGACAAAUACGGGAUGAUGGGAUAAAUGCGGGCUGGGUCGGAAGGCUCAAGGCGCCAAAGCUGAGAUCGAUACAAAUUUACGAGUAUUCAGUGGUAUCACCGACGAAUGCGCGGCAUCUCAGGCGGUGCCGAACGUGAACCCUGAAUGUGACUGAGAGCGGAGAGGAGCCGAUGGGGAGCGGCGGCGGGCGGACUGCCGAGGACCCACCGGCGCAGGACUGUCUUCGCUGCUGCUCUGCGGCCCUCAUCGACAGUGACUGAGUCAACAGCGGCGGCCGCGGACCGGCCCCCAGAGGCCGACGCGGCCAGCCCACAGAGCGGCGGCCGACCGCGGACCGGCCCCCAGCGGCGGCCGCCGGCCGGCCCACAGAGCGGCAGCCGCCGGCCGGCCCACAGAGCGGCGGCCGACCGCGGACCGGCCCACAGAGCGGCGACCGCCGGACCGGCCCACACGACACAAUCAAAAUACGAGCGGCGCGUGCAUGGACGUUUUUCACGGGCUCUGGCCGAGACCGGCCGGGCCGCCAGACGUGACGAGCGCGGCGAGCGCGUGACGCGACGUGACGUGUACAUACCAAUACUUCGUCUUAUCAUUGUUACAAAUCACUUUCGAUUUGCCAUUCAUUUGUUGUGAAAUAUGAUCGAAUCUUGUUUUUGAACCAAUACAUAUUGGGAUUAAUA